GCGGUAUUUCUUUGUUAACCAGAAUCCUUAGCGCGAGGCGGAAAAAUACGGCUUUCUCUCAGUUUCCGUCGAUUGCUGCAUUUUUUCUGCGGCUCUUUUUUCGGCUUUCCUGUUGCUGUUUCCGCGAGAGAGAUGGCGGCCCCCGAGCAGCCGCUGCCGACGAUGUCGAGAGGAUGCCAGAGCUCUGCUUCGCUUUCUCCGCCGCGGGGCGACCGAACCCUUCUGGUGAGGCACCUGCCAGCAGAGCUGAGCGCGGAGGAGAAAGAGGACUUGCUGAAGUAUUUCGGGGCACAGUCGGUGCGCGUCCUGUCCGAUAAGGGGCGACUGAAACAUACAGCUUUUGCUACUUUCGCUAAUGAAAAAGCAGCUGUAAAGGCAUUGACAAGACUCCAUCAGCUGAAACUUUUAGGUCAUACUUUAGUUGUUGAAUUUGCAAAAGAGCAAGAUCGAGUUCAUUCCCCAUGUCCCUCUUCAUGCAGUGAGAAAAAGAAAAGGUCUGAUGAUCCUGUGGAAGAUGAUAAAAGAAAGAAAGAACUUGGUUGUUUAACCAUAGAAAACGGAAUUGCACCAAACCAUGGGCUGACUUUUCCUCUCAAUUCAUGCCUCAAGUAUAUGUACCCACCACCUUCCAGCACAAUCCUAGCAAACAUAGUAAAUGCUUUGGCAAGUGUGCCUAAGUUCUAUGUACAGGUGCUUCAUCUUAUGAAUAAAAUGAAUUUACCCACACCUUUUGGACCAAUUACUGCACGACCUCCCAUGUAUGAAGACUAUAUGCCAUUACAUGCACCUCUUCCACCUACAUCUCCUCAGCCACCAGAGGAACCUCCUUUGCCAGAUGAGGAUGAGGAACUAUCUAGUAAAGAAUCAGAAUAUGAAAGCAGUGAUGAUGAAGACCGACAAAGAAUGACCAAACUAAUGGAACUAGCAAAUCUUCAGCCCAAAAGACCAAAAACAAUAAAGCAGCGCCACGUGAGAAAAAAGCAAAAAAUAAAGGAUAUGUUGAUUACACCUUCACCUGCUUCACACAGCAAUUUACAUCCAGUGCUGUUACCUUCGGAUGUGUUUGACCAACCACAACCUGUAGGUAGUAAAAAAAUUGAAUUCCAUAUAUCUACUGACAUGGUGGCUGCAUUUAAGAAAGAUUUAGAAAAGGAACAAACUUACGACGAACAGAAGUGUGAUUUAUCCACUACUGAAGUUGAUGCCAAUACCGGAUUUGGAAAAAUCUUCCCAAAACCUAAUUUGAACAUCGCAGAGGAGAUUAAAGAAGACUCUGAUGAAAUGCCAUCAGAAUGUAUUUCUAGAAGAGAGUUGGAAAAGGGCAGAAUUUCUAGAGAAGAAAUGGAAACACUUCCGGUUUUUAGAAGUUAUGAGCCUGGUGAACCAAACUGUAGAAUUUAUGUAAAGAAUUUAGCUAAACAUGUUCAAGAAAAGGACCUUAAAUUUAUUUUUGGAAGAUAUGUUGACUUUUCAUCAGAAACACAACGAAUAAUGUUUGAUAUACGCUUGAUGAAAGAAGGUCGUAUGAAAGGACAAGCUUUCAUUGGACUUCCAAAUGAAAAAGCAGCAGCAAAAGCCUUAAAGGAAGCUAACGGAUAUGUUCUUUUUGGAAAACCUAUGGUGGUUCAAUUUGCUCGAUCUGCUAGACCAAAACAAGAUUCUAAAGAAGGAAAAAGAAAGUGUUAAAAAUUAAUGAAGAAGCAUUCCUGCGUAAAUACUGCUGUAAUACUGUCAUACAAAGUGUAUCCUUUCUUGUAUCCUUUUUGGGGCAGUGUUUUCUGUUUUUCCUAGAAAUGUUUUGUCCCUCCCCCACCCAUUGAUCUAGAUUAAACAAUAAUUUUUUACAAUUUUUUGAAAUGAAAUAUUUUUAAAAUUAUCUGUUGAUUGAACAAAUAUUUUAUGUAUUUUUAAAGAUUAGUUGCUGAAUUUUCUAUGCAGUCCUUUAGAUUAUAUAAAUUUUCCAAGGAAAGUUAGUGAAUCAGGUCAACUUACUUGAAGAAUGUAAACAUUUGCUUUGACACAGAAUUUAGUCUUGUUUUUUUCUAUUUAUGUAUUUUCUAAACAAUUCAGUAACACAUAAUUUCUGUUUUAUGAUGUAUCUGGUUAGGUGUUCUAUAUAACGUGUUGUAAAAUUUGAUUGGGGAAACAGUUUUUUCUUUUUGAAAAGUACAUAUAUUGAAAAUUUAAAUAGCUGGUUUUCUUUGUGAAUUCCAAGUAAGAGUAAGCAGACCUUACUUCUGAGGUUGUCUUAUUGAAAUCUCCUUUGAGAUAUAUAGCAAGUAGAAGUAUCUUCUUUCCUUUCUUUUUCUAAACAAAAGGAAUAAGAGAUAAAUAGAGGGGAGAAGACAUAAUGUUGACUCAGUAUAGCACAUUAAGUGAAGAGAAACAAUCCUGGUAGGUAUGUAAGAACAGUGGUUUCCAGACUAGUUGAUGCCCAGAACCACCCAGAGCAGUGGUUCUCUAUCUUGGCUGCACAUUAGAAAGACCUAUGGAACUUUUAAAGAGAUACUGAUUUUUAAAAAAAGAAAGCUUAAAAAAUAUACUGAUGCCUGGGUUCCUUCCCCGGAGUUUUGAUUUAAUUGGUCUGGAGUAUAACAGAGAUACUAGAAUUUUUGAAACCUCUGAAAGUUUUGAUUUUCAUGUGCAAUCAAGGUUGAGGACCAUCGAGGAAGGACUUUUAUGCAUCCAUUCCUGAAUUCUAUCCUGGAACUAGUAAAUCAGAAUCUCUGGGAGUGGUACCAAGAAUCUAAUUUGAAAAGAUUUCCUUGGUAGUUCUAAGGACUGACCAGUUUGGAUACUGCUUUGUUAGAUUAAAAUGGUUAGGUGCCUAAUACCAGCCUAGCCAUCUAACCUUUUAUAUAAAUAGGAAAAUAAGGUGUUGGAGGCUCUACAUUUCUUUCUUGAAAAUCCUGCUAUUAAUAGUCCUAUGGAAACAUUUCAAAAUUCUGUUAAUUGGUAUCACCCUGAGAGUACAAAAAGUUAUAGAUAUUGAAAUUGCUGAUGUUUUUUCCUAUAGGCACUGUUAAAAUUUUUAUUUUUUAAUGUUGUAAAUUACAGUUUCUGCAUAAGCUGUUUACUUAGACGAUUAAAAUUUUGUACUGACAUGAUUCACUAAUUUUCUAAAUAUGAAUGUUUUAGCUUUUAGUUGCUUUAAAUUAACUGUUUUAUAUAAUCAUGCUUAUUUUUAAUGAACUUUUAUGAUGUUUUAGGUUCCUUUUGAAUUUCAUAUCUUUCAAGUGCUUUCCAACUUUGAGGAGAUAAAAAUGACCACCUGGACUAUGGAACUGUGCGUAACAGCUUUUAAAGUGUAUUUAAAAAUUAAAUCUAUAUGCAUUUAAAUCAGUUUAUUGGAGAUAUAUUACAUGUAUUUUAAUCAUCUCAUAUAUAAUAAAUUAUUUUCUUUCCAAUAAAAUAAUGUUCCUAACUUUUCUUUAUGUUGUUUUAUACAUCUAGAAAAGUGUAACUUGAUAAUUACAUAAAUUUUUUUAUUAAGGUAAUUUUAUAAUGCUAAAUAUAAAUUUCCUUUAUGAUUACAAGUACUGCUCUUUUUUCAGUCUUAUCUGGAUACCAACGCACUUGCUUAUGUACUUUUAUAAAUAGUAAUCUUACGGCUUCUGAUUAUGUUAGGAGUGGUUUUGUUUGAGUUUUGUUUUUUUUGUUUUGUGUGUUUAACAGUGGAGGAUUUUUCUCAGUUUAGGGAAUUUGUAUCCUUGCUCUAAUUUAAUCUUCCAUUUUUGUGCCCUUAAAUCUUUCAAAAUAUCACUCAAAGGUGUAAAUAUUUUCCAUAUAAAAUUAGUCUGUUCUCUUAGUGAAAUUAGUUUCAGCUGUAUGUAAGCAGGAACAUUUUGAUGUAUUUUAUUUAAUUUAUUCUUAUUGAUAUUCUCCUAUGAGUAUGUAAUAACAGCUUCCCCUUAGAGUCACUGCCCAAAGACUUGGGUCUUUGUUGGAAUGCUGUUGUAAGUCACAACUUCCCAUCUUUUACUCUUAGCAUUGUGAAAUAAGGACAAUGAGAGUUUUAAAGAUAGGAAUUAGAAGUAUGGAGAAGUGAACCCUAGAACAUGCUAAUGUUUAUAGAUGUCAAGUAGGUAAGGAACCAUUAAAGAAAACUGAGGAGGAAUAGGUAGAAGCCAAAAGAAGAAAAGAUCUCAAGUUGGAAGAGGUGAUCAGAUAUAUCUGCUCUGUUGAUGAUGCAAGAAAGAUGAGUUCUGAGGAUUGAACGUUGGAUUUAGCAACAUUUGUGACCUUGACUUUGACCAACUGAUCUGAUGAUGAAAAGAAUGAAAGGAGUUGAAAGGAAACGAAAACCAGUACUGUGUGAUUUUUGUGAUUUUAUGAUUGAAAAAGACUGAACUGUGGAUUUGAGAGAUUGCUGAUAUGAGGAAGCUGAUGUGGAACUGGGGAGAAGGCUGGAGUUUCGAGCCUUCAGACAGAGCACCUGUCUUUGUGGAUAACCAUGACGAUCAGUGAGGACAUGGAGUGGAGGAGCAUCUAUUCUUACAUUCUGGGACUCUAGACUGUACAAAAUGGCAAUUGGAUUUAUGUUCUCACAUCCUUGUGGAUUUACACAAGUAAUGUCAAGCUACCAUUGGGCAAGAUAUUUUGAGAAUGGACAAGAUGCUAAUGAUUGGAUUGGGCCACCAAAUAAUAAUGGCGUGAUUAAAGAAGUUACUAUUAAUCCAGACACUACUUGUGGCCAUGACUGGGUCUGUGAACACCGAUGGCGUCAAAUAAGAAACAUGGUUGCAUUCCAUAAGGUAGUUGUUGGCCAAGCUUUUACAAACUGGUGGGAUAAUGGUAGCAACCAAGUAGCUUUUGGAAGAGGAAACAAAGGAUUCAUUGUCUUUAACAAUGAUGAUUGGGCAUUGUCUUCAACUUUGCAAACUGGUCUUCCUGGGGGCACGUAUUGUGACGUUAUUUCUGGAGAUAAAGUUGAUGGCAAUUGUACAGGAAUUAAAAUCUAUGUUUCCAGUGAUGGCAAUGCUUACUUUUCUAUUAGUAACACUGCUGAAGAUCCAUUUAUUGCUAUUCAUGCUGAAUCAAAAUUGUAAAAUUUGAAUUAAAUACAUGCAUCCUGAGAAAUAA